UCUCUUAAUAUCUUCUAUGCGAUGGUGCUUGCUCAAGGAAUAUUGUACAUUGCUGCCUGCAUCCUCGAGGUCUUUUCAUUCAUCCCCCGGCGAUCCCUAGUCUGUCGUGCUGAAUUUAGAGGUCGCAUGGGAGUUGAACAUGUCAAUUUGUACUAUGCAUAUGCCUUCGAGAAAUGCAUGCGAGGGGCCAUGCUUACUCCAGAGAAGAUCGGUCUCAUCAGGUUUGCUAUGGAUUCUAUGAAGUCAGACUCACCCAAGAUGCAACUCCAUGGGGUUCAAAUGUUGCACAACCUUCUGAAAAAGGAACCAUUCAAGACUAAAGCCAUCUCAAAACUCACCAAUUCCAUGAACACAAUGACCUCCUUGUUCAACAUGUUGGGUCGGACAAAUGAAGGGGACAAAGAUAUCAGAUCUUAUGCCACAAAGGUUAUGGCUGAAAUUGUUGAUAGCCUCCGAAUCGUCUCUAUCCCUGGGGCAAUGCAACUCAUAGGUUCACUUCUAGACACUGGUCACCGACUGAAAACAAUGGAUCCUCUUCUGGACAUUGAUAGCCCAGAUGCAAAAGAAGAUACCUCGAGCCAACGAGUGGGCAAAGGCAAGCACAAAUUUAUGAUGCUUGAAUGUUGGAAACAGAUGGCAAUAUAUUGCUUGAUUCCAACAGACGAUCGUCAGUCAUCUAAUAGGGAUGAACCAAACUCCUAUAUUCUCAGAUGCUGCAAGUGCAUAACCAAAUGUUGGUCUAUUCCAAAGGAAAAUCCAUUGACAAACCAGGAUCCCCUUCCUGUACUAGCCAUGUCAAUUCUUGACAAGCUUGCUAGCUUUGACCUUGAGAACAUGGAAAUCAGUAGAGCAACUGGCCUUAUCUCGAAGAUCGUAGACUACACAAGCAGCCGAACUGACAUGAAAAAUAUUGAUGAGGCACAACAAAUACUGUUGAAAGGUUCUUCAUUGAAGUUAUUGAGAAGACUUGCAGGCACUAAAGGGAAGUUUGGUGUAACUCUGCGACAAAAGAUUUCAGAGCAUCCCUUCCUACUGAGCAACCUGGCACAUAUUUUGGAUGAUAACUGCAGUACCCAAGAGCAUAAGGAACUAACAGCAGAAAUCCUUAGAAACCUUGCCAUGGAUGGAAAUACAGGGGCAGAGAUUGGACAGAUAAGAAAUAUCAUUAGCAGGUUGAUGCAUGCAUUUAUCAGCAAAGGUGGACCUUCCAGUACAAAUUCAGAACAUCUGCUACGGAAAAUCACCGGCCAAGUGCUGGCAUUGUUGGCAAUGGAGAAUACACAUAACUGCUUGGUUAUGUUAGCUGAACCUGAGUAUGUGUUCAUCAAGGAACUCACAAUGAUGAUCCACAGUGAGAGGUACAAAUAUGUAGCAGCAAGCCUGUUGCGGAAUAUGUGUGUGCAUGCUCGACCACAGCUCACCAGCUCAGAGUUGAAAGACCUCUCACAAAUCUUGCCAAAGGUGUUGGGAGGAAUAAUGGAUAUGGAUACAGAAGGGGCAGAACUAGAGAUCCUUGUUGGCCUUAGUUCACAAAUAUGCAAUGUCCUUCCUGAAUACUUUUCCCAGGAACUAGAGCACAUCCAGAUCAAGGAAACAUUUAUACGGAGGCUUGUCAAUGUACUUGAUGCAAAUGCCAUUUCCACCUCUCAAUGGCCUGGAAUCAGGAGGGUGGUAGUUGAACACGCCAUAUACAUGAUGGAGGGAAAUCCUAACUACACCAGUUGUUUCAAACAAUGUCAGAUGAUGGAAGCACUGUUCAUGGUGGAGCGUACAUGCUCAAGGGCUGAAAACUACAGGUUUUUCUUGGGUGAUGCAGGGUUCUUGGAGCAGAACAUACCGCUCCCUACUCUUGUUGCAAGAGCUAAAGAACUGAUGGGCCAAGGCAUCAACAGUGUGGCUUGA